AUGAGUGUUUGUGGCCCUAAGGGACACGGGGCCGCUGAAGUUAAGGAAGGAGCUGCAAGUAGUGGACUAGCAGCAGCACCACCACGCGGAAAGGAGCCCCUCUCUGGGCUGGCCCAGGCUGGAGCCGCUCCCUCUGCUUGCCGGGAGGUGUGGAGGGAGAGGCACAGGCGGGAACCGGGGCUGUGCGGGCGCUCGCAGGCCAGCGCGAGUUCGGGGUGGGCGUGGGCCCCGCGGGCCCCUCAGAGCGGCUGGCACCGCCGGCCUCGGGCAGUGAGGGGCUUAACAUCGGGGCCAGCAGCCGCAGAGGGUGCGCUGGGUCCCCCAGCAGUGCUGGCCUGCCGUCACUGUGCUCAUAUUCUCCCCGGGCGUCAGCUGCCUCCCUGCGGGGCAGGGCUCGGGAUCUGCAGCCCGCCAUGCCCGAGCCUCCCCUCCCGACCCGCCCUGGGCUCCUGCGCGGCCCAAGCCUCCCCAGCGAGCGCCGCCCCCUGCCCCACAGCGCCGGGUCCCAUCGACUGCCCAAGGGCUGAGGAGUGCGGGCGCACCGCGGGGGACUGGUGGGCAGCUCCGCCUGCGGCCCUGGUGCGGGAUCCACUAGGAGAAGCCAACUGGGCUCCCGAGUCUAGUAGGGACUUGAAGAAUCUUUAUGUCUAGCUCAGGGAUUGUAAAUACACCCAUCAUUACUCUGUGUCUAGCUAACCUAGUGGGGACUUGGAGAACUUUUCUGUCUAGCACUGGAUUGUAAAGGCACCGAUCAGUACUCUGGGACUAGCUCAGGGUUGGUGAAUACACCAAUCAGCACUCUGUAUCUAGCUCAAAGUUUGUAAAUACACCAAUCACUACUCUGUAUCUAGCCAACCUAGU